GUGAGCACACGGAACUGCCAGAGAGGACAUUGUUGCGUACGGAAACGACGGAAGCCGAAGAGCAUUAGCAACAUGAGCGCACGAAGGGGAUUUGUCCUUCUGAACCAAUGCACGCUGAAUGUUUUAAGAUAUCAGGCCUUACGGACAAUAUCAUCCCACUUCUCUACAGUCUCUGGCAUAUCUAGAUACAGUCACCUACUAUACAGUGGAAACACACUUUCUGCCAGGAUCCAUUCAGAAGCAUUUCAAUCUAGAGUAAAAAACUUGAUAUCCACUACAGAUGAACCGGACACAUUAUACAAGAAGAUAGAGGUGCUGGCAAAAUGCCAUGACAAAACUGUGCUUGACAGUUAUGAAUACUUUGCUGUCCUUGCUGCCAAAGAACUUGGGAUUAAUGUGGAAAAAGUGCAUGAACCAAAGAGAAAAAUUGAAAGAUUUACCCUUUUGAAGUCUGUGCACAUUUUCAAAAAACACAGAGCGCAGUAUGAAAUGAGGACGCAUUACAGGUGCUUUGAAUUAAAACAUUUGACUGGUAGCACAGCUGAUGUUUAUUUAGAAUACAUACAGCGGAAUCUUCCAGAAGGGGUUGCCUUAGAGAUAACGAAGACCACACUAGAGAAAUUGCCCGACCAUGUCCGAUAUCCAGUCUGGGAUACGUUGCCUGAGGAUGAAAAUACAAAGAGUUCUUAAGGGUUCUUACUGUUCUAAAGUUUUUUUUUUUUUUUAAAACGUUCUAUUUAUAACAUUACAAACAAAAUAAAUGUAUGAGCAUUCCACUGAUUGUAUUCAGAAAUUGAAUACUGUUUUGGAACAAAACUAUGAAAAGGAAAAGUCAGUUCAGUGUAUCAACUGAAAGCCCAGAUAUAAAAAUACAAAGGUUGGAACGUACCAGCAGAGAGGCAUCAUCGCAGAUGGAUAUUCUGUAACAUAAUGAUAGACAGGAAAUCAUAAUUAUAAUCUCCCCCUCUUGUUUGGAUUUACCCAUUGUCAAAAUAAACAAUAGAAAAUGUUUUAA